UACACGCCAAUUGCUUGGCGCCCGUCAUUGCAGCCGCCCAAUGGCAUCGCUUAUCCGCACAAACGUGACGAGUGGCAUUAUGCAGGCCAUCUCCAUUCUGGAGCGGCUUCGAUCGAUCGACAUUAACCGAAAGCAUCUCUCCAUGCUUGAAGAUGAUCACCAGGAGAUGCCUUUCCCCAAAACCCGAGUUGACAUCAAGACCCGCCAUGAGGGAUUGUCAAUUUGCACCGUGUUCGUGUGCGACAGUGGAAAACCGUCCUCCGGCGCCGGCCCACGCCGGAAGCCAAGCACAAGAUGCCCUGACGACCCGGAUCUCGUGGCGUAUCCGCGCCCUUUCUCGUCCAUCAAAAUCGCGUGGGAUCGCGAUAGGGCGAAAAGGGGUGCGUGGCCGGCCAUGCUCGUCUUGCUGGAUGCCCAGCUGUCCUUCGUCAAGAGAAUUCCGAUACAGCUUGGCUCUCGCCAUCAGCUGCGACAGCGGCAGAAUGUUCCCGGGGCUCCGUGUUUGUCUCUUAGGCACCGCGUCUGCGUCGUCUCUGAGGCCGUCUACACGUUGAGAAUUACGGGAUUUCGCGUCCUGAUGGGAAGCAAUCGUCGAUGCCUGAUCUUCGGGAGGUUGCUUGACAGAGACCAGGACGAAAUUCAGCAGAAGCAAAUUUCUGUGCGCGGAGGAGGCUGCACCAGCCAAUAG